CGGUUGGGCGCCGCCCGGGCCGGGUAGAGCGGGAGCGAGGUUUCCGGCCUCCGUUCUCUUCGUGACAGGAUUUUGCCGUGAAAGUCUGUCCGGAAAGUAGGGGAAAGGAGUUUCAGAAGGCUGUCGGCUAAUAACGGUAACGAUUCUUGAUAAGUAUUUGCCAGACUUUAAGAUUUCAGAAAAGAGGUGAAAGAGUAUAUUGCAACUUUGAGGCAAGCAAGUGGACUAACAAAUUAAACAACAGAAGGUGACCUGUGAAGAAAAGUGAUACAAAUACUGGAAAAACCUAGUGCUCAGUCCAGAACAAUGUCACAAGUUCAAACCUCUUAUUCAUAUGAUGUCCCUAAGGACUUUAUUGACUUUACAUCUUUGGAUGAUGAAGGAGACACUGAAAACAUAGAUUCAUGGUUUGAGGAAAAGGCCAAUUUGGAGAAUAAGCUUCUUGGGAAGAAUGGGACAGGAGGACCUUUUCAGAGCAAAACUCCUUUGAGAAAGUCUAAUCUUCAGCAAGCUAUUGUCACACCUUUGAGACCAGUUAAGAACACUUAUUACAAAGAGGCAGAAAAAGAAAAUUUUGUGGGACAAUCAAUUUCAUCAAAUACUUGUUCUUCCUUGGAAGUUGAGGGACCUGUAUCAAGAAAAACUCCAGCCCAGCCACAGAGAAGAUCUAUUAGACUCUCUGCUCAGAGAGAUUUGGAACAGAAAGGAACAGACCAUGUGAAAAUGAAAGCCAAGAGAUGUGCCACUCCUGUGGUUUUGGACGAAAUUCCACCCCCUAAAAAAAUGAAAGUUUCUAACAAGAAAAAGAAGCCAGAGGAAGGAGAUAGUGCUCGUCAAGAUACUUCUGAAAAGAAUGAGUCUUCCCCAGAGAAAGAAAAGGGUAGACGUACUGUGCCCUUUAUACGACCUGUAAGGCAGAAGAUUCUGAAAAGUACUGAGGAACAAGACUUGGAGAAGAGAAUGAAGAUGCAGCAGGCGGUGAUGGAGAUGCGGAGAAAGAAUGAAGAAUUCAAGAAAUUUGCUCUUGCAGGAGCAGGGCAACCUGUGAAGAAAUCAGUGAGCCAGGUAACCAAAUCAAUUGACUUCCACUUCCACACAGAUGAGCGCAUUAAACAACAUCCUAUAAACCAAGAGGAGUAUAAGGAAGUGGACUUUACUUCUGAACUUCGAAAGCAUCCUUCAUCUCCUGCCCGAGUGACUAAGGGAUGUACGAUUAUUAAGCCUUUCAACUUGUCCCAGGGAAAGAAAAGAGCAUUUGAUGAAGCAGCUUCUACAUAUGUGCCCCUUGCGCAGCAGGUUGAAGCCUUCCAUAAACAAACCCCUAACAGAUAUCAUUUGAGAAGCAAGAAGGAUGAUAUUAGUCUGUUACCUUCCAAAUCUUCUGUGGCCCAGAUCUCCAGAGACCCACAGACUCCUGUACUGCAAACCAAACAGCGCACAAGGCCUGUGACCUACAAAAGUGCUGCAGAUCAGGAGGCUGAGGAGCUUGAGAAACUGCAACAAUACAAAUUCAAAGCACGUGAACUUGAUCCCAGAAUUCUUAAAGGUGGGCCCAUCUUACCCAAGAAACCACCCGUGAAACCACCCACUCAGCCUAUCGGCUUUGAUUUGGAAAUUGAGAAAAGAAUCCAAGAGCGAGAGUCAAAGAAGAAAUCAGAUGAUGAACACUUUGAAUUUCAUUCCAGACCUUGCCCUACUAAGAUUUUGGAAGAUGUUGUGGGUGUUCCUGAAAAGAAGGUACUUCCAAUCACUGUCCCCAAGUCACCAGCUUUUGCACUGAAGAACAGAAUUCGGAUACCCACCAAAGGAGAUGAGGAAGAAGAUGAACCAGUAGUGGUAAGAGCUCAACCUGUGCCACAUUAUGGGGUGCCUUUUAAGCCCCAAAUCCCAGAGGCAAGAACUGUGGAGUUAUGCCCUUUCUCCUUUGAUUCUCGAGACAAAGAACGUCAGUUAAAGAAAGAGAUGAAAAUACGAGAACUGCAGAAAGGGGAGGUACCUGUGUUCAAGGCACUUCCCUUGCCUCAUUUUGACACUAUUAACCUGCCGGAGAAGAAGGUAAAGAAUGUGACCCAGGUUGAGCCUUUCUGCUUGGAGACUGACAAAAGAGGUGCUCUGAAGGCGCAGAUUUGGAAGCACCAGCUGGAGGAAGAACUGAAACAACAGAAGGAAGCAGCUUGUUUCAAGGCUCGUCCAAACACCGUCAUCUCCCAGGAGCCCUUUGUUCCCAAGAAAGAAAAAAAAUCAGUUACUGAGGGCCUUUCUGGUUCUCUAGUUCAGGAACCUUUUCAGCUAGCUACUGAGAAGAGAGCCAAGGAGCGGCAGGAGUUAGAGAAGAGAAUGGUUGAGAUUGAAGCCCAGAGAGCCCAGCAGUUGGAGGAAGCCAGGCAACAGGAGGAAGAACAGCAGAAGGAAGAGCUAGCCAGGCUACGGAAAGAACUGGUGCAUAAGGCAAAUCCAAUACGCAAGUACCAGGGUGUGGAGGUAAAGUCAAGUGACCAGCCUUUGACUGUGCCUGUAUCUCCCAAGUUCUCUACUCGAUUCCACUGCUAAACUCAGCUGUGAGCUGCAGACAGCACCUGGCAACAGACCUGCUCCUGCAUCAAACUAGAACCCAUCUUUGUCACUGGGAAUGGAGAGCACCCAUUUCUUCAGACUUUUACCUACUGGUGAUUGGGAAUGGAGAGCACCCAUUUCUUCAGACUUUUACCUACUGGUGCCUGAGACAACAUACUUGACAACCAACGACUCCAGUUUUAUUGCCAGGUGUUUUCUUACAUUAUUGAGGCUCGAUUAUACUCUGUGUAGUUAUUUCCUUUUAGCCUUCAGUUGGCAUUUAAUAUGACUCUUAACUAUGACUAGAAUUUAAAGUCUUGAUGUCAACACAGUGUAAUCUCUCUUGCAUCUUACCCCUUUCCUUUUGUAAAAUUUUAAUAGAAAAUAAAGAUAGUUUAAUCCUGAGAUAGGGAUUAAGUCAUGGUUUAAAUGAGGAACAAUCAAUAUAUCAGAUUCUUUCCUCUUUACUGCACAUAGUGAUUUUAUAGAUAAGGAGCCAUUUGCUAUGAGGGUAGAAAACCUCAUUGACUAACACCAGUGAGGAAGAAGACUACCUGGACUUAUGGGGACCCUCAUAGCAGCUAUUUGGCAACCUUUAGACAUAUUCUUCUUCUUUUUUUGAUAUUGAUGAUAACAAGGAACAGUGCAGCAUACAUUUUAAGACUUGGCCUGGAGUAAACAUGUUUUGUCUUCCCCUCCCUGAUUU